UAAAGACCUUCCAUUUGCAGAAAUUUUGCUUUGAAUGAGCUUUGCUCGUCGGAAGGAAUUGCUCUCUGCUUCGAUGGUGGGGUUUAUAUAGAAACGAAAUCUUACUUUUUCCUGUUGGGCUUGACUGUGUUCGAGAUCAACCGAUUCACUUUGAUGGAAGUCUUGCUGCCAUAUCCAGCUGAAAACAAUGAAGCAGUGACUGUUGGAAUUGAUUGCUAGAUUCUGGGGGCCCUGAUGUUCGAAAAUUUGCCUGUCUCGGACAUCAUAAUCAGCUGCCGUCUAAGCUUUUGAGAUAGAAUAUUCUUGUUUCCAUGUUAAAGUAGAUUUUCGAGUGGACUACUGUAAAAAAAAAAUGUGAUAUUUUGUGCAUUGGUGCUAAGAGAUGGGGAUGAGAUUGCUGAGCUCACGUGUAGUUUUCUUGGAUUUGCUAUUCAUUUGAUACAGAUCUUAAAUGCCCCGCUGCAAUUUUCAGGUCAUAAAUGCAGUUUCCUAUCGGCAUCAAUAUAGAGGUCAUACGAAGCUGUGUGUUGGUAAUGAGCUCGAUAUGAGGGGACGAGCUUUUACUUUGGCUCUGCAAUGAUACAGAAGACCUUGUGUAAUUCAGAACCUAUGGAGGAAGCAAGAGGCCCGAAUUCUCGAUCUAGUUUUGGGUUCGGGGAGUCCACCUCGGGGGGAAGGUUCACUUCGGAGGGUUAUUCAAGUCGAACCUUUGGCUUAUCCGAAUUAAAGAAGAGAGGCCAUGGGAGUCGUUCUUGGAUAAAGAUCGACCAGGAUGGUAGCUCGAAGAUUUUGGAGCUCGACAAGUCGAGCAUAAUGAGGCACUGCUCUCUGCCCGCGAGAGAUCUUCGGCUCUUAGAUCCUCUCUUCAUUUAUCCUUCCACGAUACUGGGUCGAGAGAAUGCCAUUGUGGUCAGCCUCGAACAGAUUAGGUGUAUAAUUACAGCAGACGAGGUUAUACUGAUGAAUUCCCUCGAUGGGCGUGUCAUUCAGUAUGAAUCAGAAUUGUGCAAACGUCUUCGAAUGAACAAAGAUCACAAUGAUGACCUGCCUUUCGAAUUUAGAGCUCUGGAGCUGGCAUUGGAGCUCACAUGCAUGUCUCUUGAUGCUCAGGUGAAGGAACUGGAGUUGGAGAUAUAUCCCAUCCUCGAUGAGCUAGCAUCCUCUAUUAACACUCUCAAUCUAGAACGUGUCCGUAGACUCAAAGGCCACCUCCUUGCGUUGACUCAGCGUGUCCAGAAGGUCCGGGAUGAGAUUGAACACCUAAUGGAUGAUGAUGAUGACAUGGCAGAAAUGUACCUCACAGAGAAGAAGCAGAGAUUGGAGGCUUACUCAAGUGACCAAUAUGCCCAAACAGAAUUCUCAGAAGGGGUGAGAUCUGGUUCAAAGUCUGAACCUGUUUCUCCAGUUGGGUCGCUCAGUGGAACCCACAGGGGGCUGCAGAGGGCGUUCAGCAGUAUCGUGAGUUCGAGCAGACAUGAGAACAUGCUGAGUUCCUCCAGCAGUGGGGAGAACAUUGAUCAGCUCGAGAUGUUGCUCGAGGCUUACUUUGUUGUUAUUGAUAAUACACUAAGUAAAUUAUCAUCGUUGAAGGAAUAUAUUGAUGACACCGAAGAUCUAAUUAACAUCAAAUUGGGUAACGUUCAGAACCAGUUAAUACAGUUCGAGUUGCUCCUGACGGCGGCAACAUUUGUUGCUACGAUCUUUGCUGUCGUUACAGGAAUCUUUGGGAUGAACUUCGAGACCUCAGUUUUCGAUUACCCGUCUACAUUCCAUUGGGUUCUACUUGUAACGGGCUUUUUCUGUGUUGGAUUAUACCUCUGUUUUCUGUUUUAUUUUCGGCAUAAGAAGGUUUUCCCUUUGUAGAAUUCCUUUUACCGGUAUUCUUGUAUGCAAAACAAAUGGAUAUUCGAGUAGAGAAGCGUACUGAGAAAAAUCAUUAUAGACGAUCUUUUUCAUGCAUC